AAAAACAGCAGUCACGGCUACCCCCAGCAGCAAUGACAGUUCCGCUCAAGUUCAAGCUGUACCCCACGGUCGAAGAGUUGGUAAUUCCGGAGCGCAAAUCGGAAGGGGCUGCAGGUUAUGAUGUGUAUUCACCACAAGCAUUUGAGAUACAGCCGAGAACAUCUGUUAGAGUGAGUCUAGGGUUUAGGAUCGAUCUUCCGGACGGCGUGCUCAUCAAUUUGUACAUGAGAUCAGGCCUUGCGCUGAAGAAAGGACUGAACGUUGUGGGCAGGCGCAUUUAUGGCAGCAAAGAGGAAGUAUUUGUGGAGAUAAGGAAUUAUUCAGAGGAGACGUACAGAGCAAGCAGGGGAGAUAGAAUUGUUCAGAUGGUGUUCCACGAAGCACUGAUGCUAAAAUAAAACGAUUGUGCCUUGA